UCGUUAUUCAGUAUUUACUGCUAGAUCAGGAUGGUAAAUUGUGUUGAUGGUACAGUGAUAUUGCAUGCUGACAUAGAUUUGCAGUCUACAGAAUCUAUGGGGAUUUAGAAAUGAUUUCGUUUGUAAUCAUGGGAAUUCUGAGAACCUAAAUCAGUAAAUAACAUAAUCUUAUAAUUGUAGUAAUGCAGUAAUGGAUUUUCCUCAUUAUGCAUAAGAAAAAAAUCUUCUCAACCGUUUGUAUUUUUCUGGCUGUAUCUGCAUUUUAUGGAUUAUCUUUGACAUGGAAAGAGGUUGAAAUACAAGAAAAAACAAAAGCAUCGCAGAAGAAAAUAAAGUUGAGAUUAUCUCGAACAUUCAACCACGAUGUCCAAAGUUUUAAUCAAGUUAAGUUUAUGAACAAAGUAAGAAAAACUAAACGGAACAGGUUAAACUUUACAAUGUUGCCAUGGAAGUAUAGUCACAACUAUUUUGUGGGUGAUGAUGUAAACUAUUCUAUGAUCAUACUUAUAAAAUCUCAUGCAAAUAACACUAGACGACGUCAAUUUAUCGGAAACUCCUGGGGUUCAUCUGCUCAUGUUGUAAAUGGAUUUCGUUUUGAAAUUGUCUUUAUCGUUGGUUUAUCGGAUUCGAAAGGAAAUCUUGCUUUGCAAAAAGAGAAUGAAAAUCAUGGAGAUUUAUUGCAAACAACAUUCAUUGAAUCUUAUGAAAAUUUAGUUUAUAAAACUCUUGCUGGAAUGCAGUGGGCUGUAGAAACCUUUCCGGAAAACUGGUUUUAUGCUAGCAUGGAUGAUGACGUGUUGCCAGAUCUUGUGAAAAUUUCCAAAGACCUCCAAGAAAUAAUGGAAAGAGAAAAAUUAGAAAGACUUCGUUUGCUAUUUGAUGAGCCUGAUAUUGACAGCAGUCAUAAUUUCAACAAAGACAUUAAAUAUAAACAUUUGACAGAUUUACCUAUUUAUUGUGGGUUUGGUUACAGAUUAAAACCAAGACCGAAGAGAUUAAAAGAAAGCAAAUGGUUCAUGGCUGAAGAUGAGUAUCCUCUUAAAAUCUAUCCAUCUUAUUGUUUUGGAGGAUUCUAUGCUAUGACUCUUAAACUAGCGCAAGAUUUUUACGACCUGUCUCGUACCCUGCCUAUGUUUUGGAUAGAUGAUAUCUGGAUCACAGGUUUUCUUAGAUUGAAGUAUUUUUUAGGAAAAUCAUCACAAUGUGUUUAUUGUAAAGUUAUGAAUACAACUAUGGGUCUGUGGACUGAAUAUCCAGAAGAAUAUACCACGGUUGAUACCGGAAAUGAAAAUUUUCUCGUGCAAGAAUGGUUCAAACUUCAGUCAAAGAUGACCAAAAUUGAGUAAUUAAAACACUGAUCCAAAUAUGCAGAGUUCAAAAAGUUUGAAAGAAAUUUUAACUUUUUGUUAAACUUCAGUUUUAUUUCAUCUACCUCUUGCAAAAUCCAGUCCGUUGGAAAAAUAACAUGUCUUCUAUAGCUUUUAUCUACAUUUAUGAAGAGAUGAAUAAAUUAUUUUUCAUUUAUGGCUGAAAUUCGUUGUUGGUCAUAUUUCCUUUUUGUGUGAUGGAAACAUGACUUUCUAAAAUUUGUUUUUGUUAUUUUUUAUUGCUAGAAUGGUUUAUAAUUAGUAAAGUGUCUAAUUUUGAAUUAUUAAACUACAUUAGAUAUUAUCAAAAAUAUCUUAAGCAAUAAUUUAUUAUUAAUAUUUUCGAGUCAAGGUAAUAUUAUGUUAGCAAUGCAUUGUAGCAGAUUGAAACAGUGUUUCAUUUAUUUUAUAUUUAUAUUUCAAAUUAAUUUCUUGCAUGGAUUGUUUGUGUGAUGCUUUUAUUUUGAUUAAAAAUCUUAUGUCAAUGGUGUUUUUAUUCUCAAAUACUCAUUCACUUAUAUUAGUGCACUUAUUAUCAAAGCUUUUCAGUUUGUAUAUUUUCAAAUUGAUUUACCGGUAACUGAAUUCCUCAAAUCAGAUAUAAAGUAUUUUAUUUAGUCAUGGUUUGAAAGAUGUUUAGUUUUUGUCUCACUUGUAUUGGUAUUAUUUUAUCUAAUUUUAACAACCCAGAAUUUAUGUGCAUUAAGCUUAUUCAAAAUGUUAUAUUGAACUGAUACUCUGAUAGCUAAAAUUAGCAUUCGAUAUGUGGUCUUAAUAACAAUCAUACAAUUCCAAAAUUCAUAUGGUCUUGCUAUUUUAUUGCACAAGAUUUUUAUGGAAAAAUUUCAACUUUGUUUUACAUUUGUAGUACUGUCGUGAUCAAUUGAAUUUUUUUAAUGUCAUACUUUUUGUUAUUAUGGUUUUCAUUAAACUAACAGUCUUUAACAUUUCUGAUUCUAAACUCCUAAUAACAUCCCACUUGAAAUGUGUCUUAUCUCCGAAUCUUUUGUAUUAAAAAAUUUGUAACUUUUAACCACCUUUUUCAAUUGGCUGUGAGCUUACAUCCACUCACUGUCGAUGUACCCACGCAACAACAAAAAAACUGUUAUAACAAAAUUUUCAGGUACUUGUAUGUGAAAUUUAUUACUUCAUAAGAUGUUCAGGUCUUGCCUCAAUCGAUCGGUACUUGUUACUAACAAACACAUAGCGCACUGCCAUGCCAUAAUGCUAUAUAGCAGUGAUUCACAACUGGGGGUCCCUGGUCCACAGAGCAGUUGGAGGAGACCAACAUGCCAGGCGCAAAACUGAUUUUACUUUUUCCUUGACUAGAAAACUCCCCAUUCUUCCUAGUUUGAUUGCUUGAUAAGGUUAUUUCACAGGGGGUUUUCACUUUGUUGUUGAGCAUAAAUUAUUUGAACAUAAUGGUAUUUGGAAUCUACUAAUCAAAGUAACACAAUGAAUACCACUGGAAUGGUAAACGAGGGCCAAUGAAUGCUGAAAGCCUUCGGAAGUGGGCCAAGAUAUAUGAAAGGUUGGGAACCACUGCUGUAUAGGUUCAAUAGCUCCUCGUUCUUCCUUGAUUAUGAAUAAUUUUGCUCAGGUCGGCAGUCUUCUUUACUUCUGAGUGAGUUUCUGCCAUCUUGCUUUAUUAAUCAAAUUUUCUUAAUAUAUAUAGUUUAUUCAUCUUGAUCAUUACUGUGAACUUUUUUUA